ACUCCCUUCAGUCUGUCAGUGUUGGUUGUUCCUGAAGCUCCUCCAGUCCAGUCAGUCGCACUUCUCUUUCGAUCUUCAGGCAGGAGGACGCGACUGUGUCCGUCGCACAGUUUGUGUUCACCUACUAUGGUGACGUACACAAGUACAACCACCUAAAAACUGAGGUAAAUACAGCGUAUAUCGACACAUGAUUACAACAUCUCCUAUUGGAUUUUUCACGGAAUAACCGUCAAAGCCUUCAAAAUGAUGUAUCGAUUCUUGGACAUUUCCCUCAUCGUCUGCUUCUCCGUCUCGCUCAUGUUCGUCGGAGUUGAAAGCAUGUCAGAGCUUCCUCCGCCGAAGAAUCUCAACUUUAAAUGGGAAACCCCUUUCACGCUUAAUUUGACCUGGGACAAGCCGGAGGAUUUGGAUCCAGAGUGUUUGGUGAACUACACGAUAAGCGUGAGCUCAUCUCAGAUAUGUUCUAACAAUAACAUUGACAAGAGAAGAGUUGCAGCCAACAAGGUUUUACUGAACGUCUCCAAUGUGAAUGGACUGUGUAUCAAUGUUACUACAAACUUAGACAACUGUGGAGACAGACGCAGCCCACCUAAGAUCAUCACCAUCCCUGCACCUCCAGUGCUGCUGGUGACAGACAGGGACUUUGCAUAUUCCCAUGACCAGCUGAAGUGCACUUGGAGACCUGCCGUUGAUGUCAAAGACCUGGGUUUUUAUUACUGGUAUAAACGGGAGCCUCCGCUAGAAUCACUAAUACGAUGUAUACCUGAUGAGACUAUGAAGAUGGGAGGAUGUGUCAUACAUAACACACAUCUCAAAGAUAUUAAUGUUUUUGGCCACAUGUUCUACCUGUUCAACGGCACUUACAAUGGGACGGUUGUAAACAACACCUUCAAGGAUGAAAAUGUAAAGCAAUAUGUGAGACUAAAGAAACCUCAGCUUACAGUCCAAAGAGUUGGGGACUCACUCAUGUUUCAAACAAAUGCAUCAGAUCUAGACGAGUUUGAAAAAGGUUGCUACAAAUACAACUACACAUACAGCGAGUGUGGAAAGGAGUCACGUAAUUUCACAGAGCUUAUAAACAAAUCUACACAUCAGUAUGACCCGUACUGCAAGUACAGAGCCAGAGUGCAGAUCCAUUUCUCAAACGACUGUGGACGAGGAUUUAGUGAACUGAGCGACGAGGUGUACUAUGGUGAGAACAGCAAUCCGAACACGCCUGCAUUACUGGCCCUCAUCAUAAUCCCGCUCAUGGUUUCCUGUUGCCUGAUAGUGUCUCUUGUGCUGCUCAGAAGAAAUAAAGACAUCCUAUUCCCAAAAGUCCCGGACCCAUCGCUUUUCUUCAAGGAAAUGCUCAACAGUAAUGUCAACGUGCCAGUGGAACUACCGGCAAACUCUCUAGACAACAAACUCUACGUCCCUGCUGAAGAAAUCCUGGAAUACAGGAUAAGUCUAGAACAAGACACACCACUUGUGCAAAGAAAGCUGGAUUAAAGGAAAAACUGAACUAUCAGGAUGAACUCAGGGUGCGUUGAAAACACUGACACACACAUGUCUAUGAAAGGAAAAGGUUGUCUGAUUCAUUUGUUGAUGAAUAAUAAGCUCAGGCUCCACCUUUGGACUUUGACCUCACUUAUUUUCCUAUGCGUUGCCAGUAAAUUUGCUCCUCCUGGCACAACAGUGACUGUUUUUUCUCAUUGAAUGUAUUGUGAAGAUAAGAAAAGCAAGCAAUGGACCUUCCCAGGACAGGUUGGUUGGAUCUAAUUGUCUGGAAAUGGACAAGUAAUACUGUAUGCAGAGGCCAGUGGAGCUCAACACUCAUGGAAUAUGGAAAUUGUGAACAUUUUUUUUUUAUUUGCACACUGUUUCUAAACUGUUCCAUGCUUGCUUGAAAUGGUUACUUUAUGGAUCUGUGGGUGUUUCCUACUCGUAGUUUACAAACUGAACAUACUUCUAUGGACGUCUAAAGGAAAUGCGUUUUCUGUGCACUGUGAAUUGUUACAUAUGUUAGCGUAAAGUGAUGAGAUUUACUGUAUACCAUAUAGCUAAAUGUUUGUUUUACUGUAAAUAUGUAAUUACGUUGACACUAUGGUGAAUAAACAAAUGGAAAUAGA